AUGGAUGAACACAGACCAUUUAACUCUAAUCUGUCUAACGGCAGUAACACGACAGAAGAGAACAGACUUGAGUUUGCUUCUGAAGAAUAUUUACGGGACGAUUCAGCCUUGCAAGACUCUUUUUAUUCGAUUGUUUCUGAAUCAGCAGACAAUGAAUUCGCUUCUGAACUAGGUCUUACGCAUGUUCAAAGAGAAGACGAUGAAGCAGAAAACCCUCAAUUGGACGAUGCAGUCAAAGAAAGUACAGCUUUAUCAAUCUAUAAAGAAACGCAUCCAGAUCACGAGCAGUUCAGUUCAGGAGGACGUGAAGUAGCAGACCAUGAAGCUAUCUGGAGUGUAUCUACUUUUAGACCACCUCAUUGGGGUCCUGAUAAACUAAGGGAUAAUAAUGCAUUAACAUAUUGGCAAUCAGACUGCCCUAAUCCGCGACUGGAUCAUACCAUUGAUAUCUCUUUUCACAAAGCCACUUAUAUUCGACAAGUCUCUCUGUUUAUUGAUUUCUUUCAAGAUGAGAGUUAUACACCAAAGACAGUGGUUGUUCGAGGAGGAUUGACAUUUCGCGAUCUACAAGAAAUCAGUCGCAUUGAAUGUAGUGAAGUAGUAGGCUGGAUCAAUAUGGACAUUACCUCUGUCAAUGAUAACAAUCCUUUUCGAUUGUUUUAUUUACAAAUAGCUAUCUUGAGUACACAUUUGAAUGGUAGAGAUACACAUAUUCGUCAACUCAAAGUGUAUUCAGAAGUGCCGUAA